AUGAGGGCCACUGAGGAGUACCUCACUCCUAAGCAAAGACUUUACAUGGAUGCUGCCGAGCACGACCCUGAUGCCAAACUUUACAAGGCGUCAGGGAACCUCCUUCAAGAGAUCAAAAUCAAACUGCCGCAGCUCAUCUAUCACCAUAACCGGAGCCCGCCAACGCCACGUCUUUUCGUUCUUGAUUCCAAGUGUGAAGAAUUGAGGUCACUUCUAGAUCGCUUCCAAGAAUGGCCUCAGCUGUUAGACCCACAUUUGUCGGAGUUUGUCCAGCUUCUGGCGACUGCCUUUGUGGACUAUCUCGCUAACUCGAGCAACCACUAUUCCAAGAGUAUCGCAAGAGGCUCUAGUGGCAUAUCCCCUCUACCGCGAGCAGUAUGCCGUCUCCUUUACUCGCUGUGCAAGGUUCGGGGCUACAAGGUCAUUGUACGCUUACUCAAUAAUGAGCCAAAGUACUUAGCCCCGAUGUUGUCAAAAUUCAGAACCUGGAGUAACGGUUCAUUUGGUAUGACAUGGGAAGAGCGGUACAUCAUUAUGCUCUGGCUAUCCCAUCUGAUGCUAGCGCCCUUCGAGCUAUCUACCAUGUCUCUGGACAAUACAGUCUCAGAUGUGGACGUACCAGCUGCCCUUGCACGCAUACCAAACGCCCCUGGCAAUGUAAUCUCCCUUGCUCUGCAGCAGCUGGAAAGCUCAGGCAAGGAACGCGAGGCGGCAAGCGUGCUACUGGUACGCUUGAGUCUUCGGACGGAUAUGCAGGCUCAUAAAGUGGCCUCAGUUCUGGUUGGGUAUGCGGUCGAACGCCUCCUCCAGGAUCACGACUUGCUAAAGAUCAGUCCUUACAAAGCCCUUGGCCUCCUGUCCUUGAUUUAUGGAAUCAUGAAUGCGAGCUCUGACAGUGAAGGAGCUCCACUCAUUCAACCGCUCUUCCGAAGCGUGCUGGAACUGGCAACUAGCCGACAGACAUCGCAUACUGGCAUUCGAGACUCCGCCCCCUCGAGAAAGCUCAUUCUGAAAAUCCUAAGAUCCGUCUUGACUCAUGGAAUGUCUCUCAAUGCAACACUCGGUACUGUUUCCGACGACUUCCUCACCACGAUGUUGGAAGAGAGCAUUCAACAUUUUUUGGAUGCUCUGAAGGACAAGGAUACACCAGUAAGAAUGGCCGCUGCAAAGGCUCUUAGUGUUGUUGUCCUCAAGCUGAGCCCUGGUAUGUCCCGAGAGGUCAUUGACGCUAUACUGAGCUCUCUUGAAGAAAGCGUGUUUCUGGAGGAUCCAACGACUCAAAAGCUCGUGCCGAUCACGGACCAGGCAAAGUCUGACUCAAUUGGCCUGAAGAGAAAUAUCAGCGCCGUCGACCCUCUACAAUGGCAUGGUUUGAUGUUGACACUGGGACAUCUUCUCUUCCGUCGGUCCCCUCCGCCCGACAUGCUUCCGGAAAUCAUCCGUGCCCUGAUCCUUGGGCUGGAGUUCGAGCAAAGGUCAAAUGUCGGCACUUCUGUCGGGAUUGGCGUCCGCGAUGCUGCUUGUUUUGGUCUCUGGGCAUUGGCUCGGAAGUACAGCACUACAGAGCUGGGCCUGCUCUCCAUAUCGAACUUUGCUGAAGCGGCACAGGAAUCAUAUGCCGAGUGUAAGAGUGUUCUGCAGCUGAUAGCGAUCAAGCUGGCUAUAUCUGCCUGCUUCGACCCUUCUGGUAAUAUACGACGUGGAUCUUCCGCAGCCCUGCAAGAACUCAUCGGACGACACCCCGAUACUAUUGUUCACGGCAUUCCAGUGGUACAGAUCGUCGACUAUCAUGCUAUCGCUCGUUUGUCCAGAGCCAUGACAGAAGUCGCUUCACAGUUAGCAGCCCUCGAUCAGGUUUAUCACAGACCGCUUCUACAGGCACUUGUUGAGUGGCGAGGCGCACGCGCUACAGAUGUCAACCAGAGACGGUGGGCUGCCGAUGCCAUCUCCCGUCUCACGAAGUCGGCACCGAUUGAUGUCACCUUUGUACUCAUCCAUGCCAUUCUCCAGCAAUUGUUUGACCUGAAACCGGCCAAUAUUGGCAGCACCGCAACUGCUCGGAACGGCCUCCUGUUGGCUCUGACCUCGGCAGUAGAGUCAGCAACGCACAGUGACUCAGUGACUACCAAAUCUUGGUUCAUGAAGCAGGAACACGGCAUUUUUAUGCUCCCACGAAUGACCGGCAAGAUGGACGUUAGAGUUACGGCUGAUUUGGAACUUGUCAUGGAAGGAAUCUCUGCUUUCGCAGGGACCAUGUGCCGAAGCUUCAAGAUCCUCGGAUCCAAUGGCUUGAGUGUCCAGCAGGAAUGGUUGACGGCUGCGUCGGAAAUCCUGAAUCAAUGCACGGUGGCUGGUGUGAAAGAUGCAGUGGUCCAGGCAAGCAGCGAGGCCAACCUCGAUCUGUUCAAGGUGCUUUCGAGCAACGUUGGCGUGGAAUUAAUUGAGAAGUGGCUGGAUAGCCAGGUCCAGGCUCCUGCAGCUUUCACGAGUAAAGGCCGAAUCAAGACAUUAAGCCUUAUCCAUGCUCACUUGGCCAAAUCCGGUCUACAUUCGAAACUCCAGCAAUCUAUAGCUUCAUAUGCUAUCGGAAUUGUACGAGGUAGCUACAACAUUGAGACAAGAGUUGAUGCUAUGGAGGCACUUGGAGUGAUCAUUUUGAAUUCGGACCUCAGCUCGCCGACAGAAGCAGAGAAGAUGGCUGAGGUUCUCUGCUGUGGCUUGGAUGAUUACACAAAUGACCAAAGAGGCGACAUUGGCUCGAUGCUUCGACUUCAAAGUAUUGAGACACUCGACGCUUAUCGCAAGGGUUCGUCUCAGCCUUCAGAAGUCAUUGGUGAGGCUGUGUUACCAUAUGUUGCGAAACUGGCGUCCGAGAAACUCCUGAGUGUUCGCUUCCGUGCGUGGAAGUGCCUAGAGGGUUAUUGGCGGACAAGCACUAGUCUUCCGGAGCUUGAGCACACUUUCGAUUACCCUACCGACGUAUCGACAAUCUCCUACUUCCUGGAGCUGUUGAAGCUACUUGAGGUUUCGACCUUUCAUCAGCACCUCCUCAGGGGCUUCGUCUCAUCAGCCACCGCAGGGACAGAAGAUAUCUGCCGCGCUGCAAGCAACGCCUUCGUGGCAUAUAUGCAGCGUCUCGAUGGCGAGACUCGCGAAAGGAUGACUGAGAAAGUCUCGUCUAUGAUUCUCGACCAACUAGCUCAAAAUGCAUUGCAGGAUGAUCGACAAGUUGUUCCACUACUACAUUUCUUGUGCUUCCUCCUAGAUCAGGACUUGUUGAUCGAGAGCUCGACAGACAUGUGGGCCAUCAUGAAAAAUGUCCACAGCCCUAAUUCGAGUCUCCCGAGGAUAGAGGCUGCGAUGAAUUGCUAUGCCAGAAUGCUUGCAAUCAGCCACUAUCAGAAGCAGGCUAUGGACAAGCUCACACGCCAAUUGCUUCAUCGCUGGCCAAAGGUCCGUAAUGAUGCAGCAGAUUUGUUAUACUUUGAGACCGGCAGCACCAUGUUGGCCACAGUUGAUUGGAAUGCAACUCUAACCAAGACAAAGCCUGUUGCCCUUGACUUGAGAAAACAGUUUGGAGUUUCCGGAAUCGACACGUCCAAGCAGUAG